UCGCCUGGUCUCACUGGCUGGCUGCAGAGGUACAACAACAAGAGUUGAAAUAGAAAACAAACUGCAAGUGAAAAAAUAGAGAAGCGCCAGAAGAGAAGAGCCAUUGCCAAUUUGCGUUUUCCGUUGGCCAUAAUCGUUGCAUAUUGCUUUUGGCCGUGCUAGUGCUGCAGAGUGUGUGAGCUGGUCCCAAGGAAAGGGAUAAACGCUUCAAAUAAGAAUAAAACUAACAUUUUUCUCUUUGGCUGUCUGGAAAUCUGAUAUAGCCGUGGAUCUGAAUCGGAAUCAGAUACAGAUACAGAUACGGAUACAUAACUGCAGCCGGGGGACAGCCGGGGGAAAAGAGGAGUCGACUGAGUUCUCGGAAAUAAUCAUUCAAUGACAGCAGCCGUGCCAGCUUUCACCGCCGCCCCCAGUUAACGAACGAGAGUGAACCCAGGAGAGUCCGUAGAGCCGCAGAGGGAGAAGGUUGUGGUCCUGGUCAAGUUAAGAGGACCACCAUAAGGAGAGACAGGAAAAAGGAAGAGGAAGGCCGACUACUAGCUACUAUCCUGCUGCCUGGGACUCACCUCCAUUAUGGUGAAGACGUUCCAGGCCUACCUACCGUCCACGAACCGGACCUACUCAUGUGUUCACUGCCGCGCCCACCUCGCCUCCCACGACGAGCUCAUCUCGAAGUCGUUCCAGGGCAGCCAGGGACCAGCCUACCUCUUCAACUCGGUGGUGAAUGUCGCCUGCGGCCAGACGGAGGAGCGGGUGCUGCUCACCGGGCUGCACGCCGUGGCGGACAUCUACUGCGAGUGCUGCAAGACGCCGCUGGGGUGGAAGUACGAGCACGCCUACGAGUCCAGCCAGAAGUACAAGGAGGGCAAGUUCAUCAUCGAGCUGGCGCACAUGAUAAAGGAGAACGGCUGGGACUGAAAGACGGUGGCUGGUUCGGUUGAAUGGCUCGGUUGAAAUCACCAAGGACGACAGCAGCGGGAAAGCAGCGAGUUCACAUACCAGAAACAGAAAAUCAAACAGUACGAAACCACACACACGCAUGG